AGCCGUCUCUGAGCCGAAAGCGAGGCUCGGAAUCCCAGAAUAGCAGGCGGGUGGGUCUGGGCUCAGUUGUCUCUCCUCCGGUGUACAAGGAAGAGAUGCACACGGCUAGAAGAUGGCAGAGCUGCAGAUGUUGUUAGAGGAAGAGAUCCCGGCCGGCAAGCGGGCUCUGUUCGAGAGUUACCAGAACCUCACCCGAGUGGCCGACUACUGCGAGAGCAACUACGUCCAGGCUCCAGACAAGAGGAAAGCACUAGAAGAGACCAAGGCUUACACCACUCAGUCCCUGGCUAGCGUCGCCUACCAGAUCAAUGCAUUGGCCAACAAUGUGCUGCAGCUGCUCGACAUCCAGGCCUCCCAGCUGCGGAGGAUGGAAUCGUCCAUCAAUCACAUCUCCCAGACGGUGGACAUCCACAAGGAGAAGGUGGCCCGAAGAGAGAUUGGUAUCCUAACAACCAACAAGAACACUGCAAGGAGUCAUAAAAUUAUAGCUCCAGCCAACAUCGAGCGUCCCGUCAGGUACAUACGAAAACCCAUAGACUACAUGGUGCUGGAUGAUGUAGGCCACGGAGUGAAGUGGCUAAAAGCCAAGCACGGUGGUAACCAGGCAGCAAGGACUGGCACUUUGACCCGAACAAAUCCCCCUACCCAGAAGCCACCCAGUCCACCGAUGCCAGGACGGGGUACCUUGGGGAGAAACACCCCAUACAAAACUCUGGAGCCCGUCAAACCUCCAACGGUUCCAAACGAUUACAUGACCAGUCCAGCCAGGCUUGGAAGUCAGCACAGUCCCGGUAGAACUGCUUCUUUGACCCAGAGGCCAAGAACGCACAGCGGCAGUAGCGGAGGAAGUGGCAGUCGAGAAAACAGUGGCAGCAGCAGUAUUGGCAUUCCAAUUGCUGUCCCUACACCUUCACCACCAACUGUCGGGCCAGGUAUCUCUGGUGGUCCCACACCUUCACCACCACCACCUCCUCCUCCGCCACCUCCCCCUCCUCCAGCAGUUGGCGGUGGCUCGGCUCCAGGUUCACAGUUUGGCUCAAUGGCAAGGCAGAUCUCUCGGCACAACUCCAACACUUCCUCUGCUUCUUCCGGAGGAUACAGGCGGACCCCCUCUGUGACUUCCCAGUUUUCUGGGCAACCUCAUAUCAAUGGCGGCCCUUUGUAUUCACAAAACUCAAUUUCUAUCGCUUCUCCCCCUCCCCCAAUGCCUCAAAUGACUCCACAGAUACCUCUCACAGGCUUCGUGGCCAGGGUGCAGGAAAACAUUGCAGAUAGCCCUACUCCUCCUCCUCCGCCACCUCCUGACGAGAUCCCAAUGUUUGAUGAUUCUCCUCCCCCUCCCCCACCACCUCCGGUGGACUAUGAGGAUGAGGAGGCUGCUGUGGUUCAGUACAACGAUCCGUAUGCUGAUGGAGACCCGGUAUGGGCCCCUAAGUCCUAUAUUGAGAAAGUGGUUGCCAUCUAUGACUACGCAAAGGACAAAGAAGACGAGCUGUCCUUCAUGGAGGGAUCAAUCAUUUAUGUCAUUAAGAAAAACGACGACGGCUGGUAUGAAGGGGUAUCCAACGGAGUCACAGGCCUCUUCCCGGGAAAUUACGUGGAAUCCAUUAUGCACUAUGCCGAUUAACGUUUAAAAA